CUUUCUGUCAAAGCAUCUGGAAAAAGAAGAACAAAUCAAAUCUAUCCAAAUCUGUGUGUUUCAAUUCGAAAUGGCGGCAACAGUUUCUUCUGGGAUCACAAGCUCUGCUUUCUCUCGUUCUGUGAUCUCUUCAGCGCCCAAAGUAUCCCAAAUCGGUUCGUUGAAGUCAUCAGACCGUGUUAUUGUCACUCCAAUGUCUCUGAAUCUAUCUGGGAAGCGAUCAUCCAUAAAACCCUUAAACGCUGAGCCAAAGAGGAACGACUCUAUGGUCCAUCUUGCAACAACAAUGGUAAUAGAAGAAGUAAUAGAAGAAGUAGUAGAGACAGAGGAUUUUGUAGAGCUUGCAAAGAAGCUAGAGAAUGCUUCUCCUCUUGAGAUUAUGGAUAAAGCCCUCCAGACGUUCGGCAACGAUAUCGCCAUCGCAUUUAGUGGUGCAGAAGAUGUUGCUCUGAUUGAGUACGCUCAUUUAACCGGGAGACCAUACAGAGUGUUUAGUUUGGAUACAGGGAGGUUAAACCCUGAGACCUAUCGGUUUUUCGAUGCGGUGGAGAAACACUAUGGGAUAAGGAUUGAGUAUAUGUUUCCGGACUCUGCUGAGGUUCAAGGUUUGGUUAGGAGCAAGGGUUUGUUCUCGUUCUACGAAGAUGGUCAUCAGGAGUGUUGCCGUGUAAGAAAGGUGAGACCUUUGAGGCGAGCGCUCAAGGGUUUAAGAGCUUGGAUCACUGGUCAGAGGAAAGAUCAGUCUCCUGGGACGAGGUCUGAGAUUCCUGUUGUUCAGGUUGAUCCGGUUUUCGAAGGAUUGGAUGGUGGAGCUGGUAGUUUGGUGAAGUGGAACCCGGUGGCUAAUGUUGAAGGGGGCGAUGUGUGGAGUUUCUUGAGGACUAUGGAUGUUCCGGUUAACACACUGCAUGCGGCGGGGUAUGUUUCCAUCGGCUGUGAGCCGUGCACGAGAGCGGUUUUGCCCGGUCAGCACGAGAGAGAAGGGAGAUGGUGGUGGGAAGAUGCUAAGGCUAAGGAGUGUGGACUUCACAAAGGGAACAUCAAGGAGGAUGCUAAGGGUAAUGAUGUAAAUGGAGAGUUAAAGACCGUUGUUGAGGAUAUCUUUAAGAGUGAGAAUCUUGUGGCUUUGAGCAGGCAAGGGAUUGAGAAUUUGAUGAAGUUGGAGAACCGUGUAGAGCCGUGGAUCGUUGUGCUUUAUGCUUCUUGGUGUCCCUUUUGUCAAGCUAUGGAAGCAUCGUAUGAUGAGUUGGCUGAUAAACUGGCAGGAAGUGGGAUUAAGGUUGCCAAGUUCAGAGCCGAUGGUGACCAGAAGGAGUUUGCUAAGCAAGAGUUGCAGCUCGGCAGCUUCCCGACGAUACUAGUCUUCCCCAAGAACUCUUCAAGACCUAUCAAGUAUCCUUCUGAGAAGAGCGACGUUGAUUCUUUGACUUCGUUCUUGAAUCUUGUCCGGUAAAGAAACCUCAAAACCAGUCGACACUUCUAUGAGAAUGGAGAUAUCAAACAAGAACCAUUUCAUCUCGUUCCAGAUUGCUAGAACAGAUGAAAGCUUUGUGUCCAGAGAGUGAUGAUUAUGAUUUACAGCUUCAGGUCAACAUAGUUAGAGCGAUAAGCUCUUCGAGAAAGCUUGAGUUUCUGAAGUUUUGUAGUGUUUAAAAGCAGUGAAAGUGGUGUUUUUCAUGUAAAUUUUGUGGUUCUUAGUGAAAUAAAACUCAACGAUUCUUC